AUGUCGAAUGCAGGCUACGAUGCGGUCGUCGACGUCGACGAUGAGGGCGACCUCGGCCACACCGACCUUCGCGAAGACCUCGAGUUCCACAACUCAAACUUUAACGACUCAUUACCAGGUGGCCGUAAGGGCCUCAACAGCGGCGGCCUACCACCACCAGUGACGGCGUCAGGCAGUGGCAGCGGCAGCGCAGCUGGCGGCAAGCGGUUCCUGUGGACACUGUCAUUCUACGCGCAGUUCUUUGACGUCGACACGUCGGCUGUGCUGACACGGUGCUGGGCUGCGCUCUUCCCGCGUGCCAACUUCCUUGACGUGCUGGAGGGCAACGCAGAUCUGUACGGUCCCUUCUGGAUUGCGACCACAGUUGUUUUUAUCCUGUUCUUGAGCGGUACAAUCAGCCAGUACCUCGCGACGACGGGCACGGAGCCGUUUGCCUACGACUUUACCCUUCUGAGUGGUGCUGCUGGCCUGAUCUACGGCUAUACGCUCGUCAUCCCCGUCAUCCUCUUCCUCGCCCUGCGCUACUUUGGCUCCGAGUCUGCCAACCUGCUCGAGUGCUGGGCCCUCUACGGCUACGGCAACCUGAUCUGGAUCCCCGUCGCACUGAUCGGCUGGUCGCACAUUGACAUUCUUAACUGGGUGUUUGUUGCUGUCGGCUUCGGCCUGUCCAUCAUGUUCCUGCUGCGCAACCUGUACCCAGUGCUGUCCGCCACAGACCGGCAGACGAGCAAAAUUUUGCUCGUCAUUGUCGUGGUGCUGCACCUCGGCCUAGCGGUGACAAUUAAGUUUUUGUUCUUUGCGCACCACAGCCCCGUGGCUAAGACCCCGUCUGCACCUGUGGACGGUGGAAGCGGCGAUGCUGGCCCGCCGGCAAUGUGGUAA